CCUCCGGCGGACUGCAGGAGAUGGAGGGCGGCUGGUGUCGGUGCUGUGUGAGGGUUUGGACGCGUUCAGCUCCUGUUAGUGUGUUUGCUGGUCGAUGCGAAUGAAUUAACCGGACAGUGUUUUUGUUUUUAAAAUCUAAGUAGCCGUCAUCAUAGGCCCGCGCGCGAGCUCGCUGCCUCUCGCGUCGAUCAGGAUGGCCGGCGGCGGCGGCGGAGGAGGAGGCGGAGGCUGCCGCAGAGUGCGGGGCCCUGAGCUCCGGGAGCUGCUCGACUCGAAGCGCGACGUGCUGUUCGACUGUGACGGCGUGAUCUGGAACGGCGAGGCGGCCGUGGCCGGCGCUCCGGAGGCGGUGAGGCUGCUGAAGCAGCGCGGCAAGCGCGUGUUCUUCGUCACCAACAACUGCACGCGGCCGCGGGGCAACUACGCGCACAAGUUCUCGCGCCUCGGCUUCGCCGACGUGUCCGAAGAGGACAUCUUCAGCUCGGCGUACUGCUCCGCGGCCUACCUGCGCGACGUGGCGCGGCUCAGCGGCAAAGUGUUCGCUAUCGGAGGCCACGGCGUGCUGCAGGAGCUGCGGGACGCCGGCGUGGACGUGGUGGCCGAGGACGGCGCCGAAGGGCCCGACACCAGCAUAUACGAUUGCCCACUGGACCCGGACGUGCGCGCCGUGCUGGUGGGCUACGACGAGAAAUUCAACUUCAUGAAGUUGGCCAAGGCCUGCUGCUACCUGAGGGACUCCGAGUGUCUGUUCGUGGCCACCGACCCGGACCCGUGGCAUCCUCUGCGGGGCGGGAGAGUCACACCAGGUUCGGGGAGUCUCACGGCAGCUUUGGAGACGGCCAGCAGCAGGAAGGCCACGGUUAUCGGCAAACCCAGCCGCUUCAUGUACGAGUGCAUCGCGAGUCAGUUCGACCUGGACCCGGCGCAGUCCCUGAUGGUCGGCGACCGCUUGGAGACUGACAUUCUCUUUGGCGCCAACUGUGGCCUUUCCACGGUGCUCACCCUGACAGGCGUGUCGACCAUGGAGCAGGCGCAGGAAUACAAAGACAGCGAGUCACCAGAGAAGAAGGACUUUGUGCCUGAUUAUGUAGUCGAAAGCAUCGCAGAUUUCUCUGAGGCUUUGGAGGACGAGUGAGGACUGUUCAAGGUGUUUUGUUCAUAUUGUAAUGAACCUCAGAGUGCAAGAGAGACCUCAGCCUGGCACACAAACAAAUAGUUACUAUUUUAUGUCCAGUCUUAACCCCAAUACUGUUGCUCGUGGUGUACAAUAUAGCUAUGUGUCAACAUAGUUCGGUUAAUAUUAUCUUAUGAAUUUCCAGUCCAUCAAUGUAUUUGAUGACAUGGGUAUACCAUGUAUUUGAACUACCGCACCACAUCUUAAACUUUUUAGGGACAUUUCCAAGCCUGAAGGUCAAACACAGCUGUAAAACAACGUUAGAAUGAAGUUUAUUCAUCAUCCUGGCUGGAUUCGUCUUCGAAAACUUGGCAAACAUUUUCAUGUUAUUGAAGAAGCUUUUUGGGGUUAAAGAAAUGGCAUGACAAAAUAAAGUAGUGCUUCGGGCAGUGUUAUGUACAUGAUUACACUUAUUUUGUUUCAGCUGUAUAAAAAACUACUGAAAUGUAAUUUUAUCAGAGAAUGUAUUACAGUGCAGGAUGAGACGAUGGCAUCUCCCCAAGAAGUUAAAACAGUAGCUAAAACACUGAUUUUGCACAUCUUCAAAAAUUAUAUAACCACUAAUAACUUGAUUCAUUUGGUUAUUAGUGAUUACAGGCAGUCAGUAUGAAAAAAUGAUGUCCUGUCUAUAUACUCAAAUGCACCAAUUUUUAUGGCCAAUUUUAAUAGCAGUAUUUCUACAGCCAAAUUGGCAGAUGGCUGAUUUUUAUUAGUCUUUUUAAAAGUGAAUACAUUAAACACAUUAGCAUAUUUCCAGUAUUUUUAUUAGUGAAAGCUAAUAACAUUGAUUGCUCCUUAGUGGGCCACAAUGCCAUGUUAAAUUUGUAAAAUAAAAAAAAAAAGUUCCCUACUUAAAUAAUAUUAAUCAUUUGCAUUUAUCUGGUUUAUGUUAUUUCCUAGAUGUGUAAUGAUUCACAAAAUUCAUUAUUUGAUAAAGUAAAAAUAACGAGUGGCUGAAAAUGUGCCCUACAUUAUGCUAAUGUGUUCAUUUUCAGUUUAUCGGAGUGUUAAAAAUUAAAAUACAAUAUUUGAAACAAAAUUUAUACUUUAUAGUGUCCCAAUCUAACGCUGCCAAAAACUAACAUGCUAGUCACAAUACAAUGAUACAGUACAAUAUGUUGUAAUGUUACUACCUUAUUUACAAUGAAAUACAAUUGCAACACAGAUUGGCCAAAAAAGAAAAAUCCUGAUUGCAUGUUUGGACCAAAAAAAUCUGCCCACAAUCUGGCUUAUUCAGAUUGUGCAUCCCUACUAUAUACAGUAUAUUGUGUGAACUGUCACUACCAAACUCCACUAUUAUGUGAUUCAUUAAAGCUGCACUAUGUAAGAUUUUUUGUUAAAACUGAAAAGUAGCAUCACUGAGUCAGGAGAAAAUAAGCACUGUAAAAUAUGCUGCUGUGAGUCGCGCUGUAAAGCCUGAAGUAGUCAUUUAAAAGUCAGAAGCGUUGGGUCAGAUUUCACUGGAAUUUUUCAGGUAACGUCAUACGUCUUUACGUAUUAAUGUCACACGCACAGACUCAAAAAGAAGAUCCGGCUCGAUGUUUAAGUCUCAAAUGCAAAAUCAGCAUUAUACUUAAGAUAUGAUGAUAUUAGUAGAUAAUUCACUCACAUCCUCUGAAGACACAUGCUUCACCAAGUUCUGACUGAGUUCUCUUUGAAUACUCUUGCACUCGCAGUUGUCAGAUUCAUCCGCUCGGUUAAGAAGUCUAAACCACAACCGACGUUACAGUUUUGUCCUCUGCAUGCAGUUACACAGUUCAAUCAGAGAGGUCUCCAAAUCUUACAUAAUGUAGCUUUAAAAUGGCAUAAUUUGUAUUGCUAUUUUAACAAAGUCACAAGUCCCAACAAAAUGAAUCAAGUGACAAUCAAAUUGUUUUCUAACUGGACAACUGACGACACUGUAUUACACAUUACUGGUACUGUAAUAUACUUUCAACAUGUUCUCUUGUCUGUGUGGGUUCUAAGAAUAACUUUAAAUGAACACCAGAGGUAAUGACUGUGUAUUGUGCCAAUUUAAUUAACAUGAAGUGGCUGGUCGGUCAAAGUAUGGUAUAAGAUGACUUCACUGAUUUAGCUUUUCUCACAAAUGUGUUGUGGUUGGUGCCAAAUUUUUUGUCAUGUCAUUAAAGGUGCAGUGUGUAAGAUUUAGGGUGAUCUUUUAACAGAAAUAGAAUAUAAUAUUUAAAACCGAGCUGUCAGUAAGGUAUAACCACCUGUAACUAUGAAUCAUUGUGUUCUUGUCAGCUUAGAAUGAGUCCUUCAUAUCUGCAGAGUGUGUCCUCUUCCAACAGAGGCCGCAAUGUUGCUCCGCCAUGUUUCUACAGUAGCUCAGAACGGACAAAGCAAACACUGACUCUAGAAGAGUGCCUUUCACGUUUUUACAUUGAAGCGGCAGCUUGAAUUUGGUGGCGCUGUAGAACUGGUUGGAAGCCAUAGAUAGAAGAAUAAUCAGUGGUUGUUGCUGGUGCUGGCUAACUAGUUUGUGUUGUGAGAAGUUUGAGAACCCAAAUUUUGACAAAUGGAGCAUCAUACUUAUUAUUUAGCACAAGAAAAAGUAGGGGAGGGUGAAUCCUUUUCUGUCUAAGAACCUAAAACAAGGCGUCCACCAUAGGUUCUACUACACGCUUAGAAAAUGAGGUGUGAGGGAGGGGUAUUCAGUUGGUGGCAGUCUGCAACCUCACUGCUAGAUGUCACUAAAUCUUACACACUGCACCUUUUAAUGGUUCUGGAAUUUUACUAAUUCAUUACAUUCCUGCAUUGUUUUUUUCACAAAAGUGGCCUUCAACAUCAGAAUACUUUAGACAUAUUUCAUUUAAAGCAUUCCUCAACGAUUAGCAAUACAUGCUCUAGGAUCAUUCUUUGAGUCACUAAAACAGAAUUCAGAUGUCUUUCAUUAGACCCUCAAUGAAAACUUGCCCCAUGAAAGCGCUGAAUGUUUGAUUCUGUAUGAACGAUGAUCUAGUGCAGUGGUUAAGGGAGAGAAAUUGUAACUAAAAUGCUUGUGAUACUGUUAUUAUUAAUUACAUUUAGUGCUAAGUGUUCAGUACAAACUGAACAGGUGUGGCUUACUUGUGGACAACCUGGAGCUUGGGUGACUUUUUAGUCAUUGUUCAUUGUCUUUAGCUAGACACUGCAUUCUGUACCUAAGGGAAUAUGUUUUUUCAGAUGAGUAUUUAAAUAAGGGAAUGCCAAACAUCUCUGUGUGAAUACUGUAUACAUACUGUGAACUGAUUUGGCGUUUAGUAUUCAUGUAAGUGGUGUAAAUUUGCCUUUUUAAUUAAAAUUUAACUUGAAUCUUGAA